GCCAGUCUGGGCUUGCGGACACCAGGUGUGCCAAGCUAGCGCCUACACAAAACAAAGAUCCGGCGCACCAUGAGCCCGCUCUAGAUAACCAAUACAUAUCAAACAUGCACUGAUAGCAUAGUAAUAAGCACAGAUUAUACACAAUUUCAUAGCCAACUAGACUGUAUAAGCGAAAGCCUUCGAUUUUUGAAAUUUAAAAAGUUAGUGUUCGAUUUUAUCUGUCGCGUGGGGCAGUCGCCCCCUGGGGCCCGACCGUGGAGGACGAGGGGGGAGCGUUGUUCGGGCGGCUGCAGGGCGCGCUGCGGGGCGGCGCCGCAGCGGCUUCGCCCUCGCGUGUCGCUAGCUCCAUCAGGGGCUACCUGAACAAGGUCGGCUCGCUACAGCUGAGAGAUACAGGUUCCGAAGUCCCAUUCGAGGGUUGCGGCGAGGGACAGCGUUAGCAAAUGUUCACUGGAAUUAUCAACGAAGCAAUAAAUAUAGAAUCAUAUGUAAACGAUAUGCUGUGUAAUAAGGUACAUUUCUGAGAGUGAACAAAACGUACCAAGAUGGCGGAAGAAGGACCUCAAACGAUCUGGCAAAAGAUCGACAGCUCCAUCAUCCCGUUUAUCAACCUAGAAGUGCGGGAAGUGAGGGAGAUACUAUGGGAGAAGAUCAAAGAGCCGACGUCACAGAGGAAGAUCAUCCUAGUUAUAGUGUCUAUAGCCCUGCUGUUAGAUAACAUGUUGUACAUGGUAAUCGUGCCCAUAAUACCUGACUAUUUGAGAUAUAUCGGCGCUUGGGGAGAAGAUGGCUACGACCAUGUAGUUACUCUAGCUCCAAUUCAAGAGGGUAACCGUACAAUCAUACCGACUAAAAUUAUUCCUGCAUCACAUCAAGGUCAAGACUCAGCGACCGGAGUACUUUUUGCAUCUAAAGCUAUAGUUCAACUUAUGAUUAACCCUUUCUCUGGUGCCUUAAUCGAUCGUAUAGGAUACGACAUACCCAUGAUGAUCGGACUAAUCAUUAUGUUUCUCUCAACGUCAAUCUUCGCAUGUGGAAGAAGUUAUGGUAUGCUGUUCUUUGCUAGAAGUCUACAAGGCGUCGGGUCAGCGUUUGCUGAUACGUCCGGUUUAGCGAUGAUAGCUGAUAGAUUCACAGUAGAGUCGGAACGUUCAAAAGCCCUCGGUAUCGCCCUGGCAUUCAUCAGUUUCGGCUGUCUUGUUGCGCCUCCCUUUGGUGGAGCAUUGUAUCAGUUUGCUGGAAAAGAGGUACCGUUCCUUAUUCUCGCUUUGAUUUCCUUGCUAGAUGGGUUUAUGUUACUCCUUGUCAUGAAACCCUUGAAAACUCAAAUGAAGGAAGCUCAAGAACCUAAGCCAGACGGUACACCAAUUUGGAAACUGUUGAUGGAUCCGUACAUAGCGGUAUGUGCCGGAGCACUCAUGAUGUCGAACGUUGCGUUAGCGUUUUUGGAACCUACAAUAUCUUUCUGGAUGGAAGACAAUCUUACUAAAGAUAACUGGAAAAUAGGUAUGAUAUGGCUUCCAGCUUUCUUCCCACAUGUGUUAGGUGUUAUAAUUACGGUGAAAAUGGCCAAGCAAUAUCCGCAACAUCAAUGGCUUAUGGCAGCCGGAGGAUUAGCAUUAGAGGGGCUAUGUUGCUUCUUAAUUCCCUUCGCCAGCUCGUACAAAAUGCUCAUGAUACCAAUUUGUGGCAUAUGUUUCGGCAUUGCCUUGAUCGAUACAGCGUUGCUCCCAACACUCGGGUACUUAGUAGACGUGAGAUAUGUGUCAGUAUAUGGCAGCAUCUACGCGAUUGCUGAUAUAUCUUAUUCAUUUGCAUAUGCUGUGGGACCCAUAAUAGCGGGAGAAGUGGUUGAAAUGAUCGGUUUUACUGCUCUCAAUUUCUUUAUCGCCUUCAGUAAUCUUCUAUACGCGCCUGUACUAAUCAAACUCAGGCAUAUCUAUGAUUUCAAGCCAUUCGAAAAUGAGGCGAAUAUCCUAAUGGCUGAUCCGCCAGAUAAAGAGUAUCAGACGUAUAGUAUGCAAGAUCAGCGGCCAGUGAACGGGGAGUAUAAGAAUCACUUGGAAUACUCCAACGUGCAAGGGCAGGAUACUUCUAUACAGGAGUCGAAUGUGGAUAAUUCUCGAGGCGACUACCAGCAAGGUUAUCAGAAUUAUUCACAAGGUUAUGAACAGCAAGGGUUCCAGCAGGAGUCGUACAACCAACCGCGGCAGCUGCCGGCUCAGCCGCAGCCCGUGGCCAGCAACCCGUUCCGCGCGGCGACAGCGGCGUCUCCCGCGCCUCCCCCCGCACCGGCACCGACCCCUAACCCCGUUCGGAACCCCUUCCGACAAGGCUUCUAGAGCUAUUUAGUGUUGUUGUGUAUAUUUUUAAAUUUACUUGUUGUAUAAUUAUAAAUGUCUUAUAGUAAACUUCGAUCACUGAGUCGCUUACCGUCUGCGACGUUAUUUAGUAUCAGACUAAAUAUUUUAUCUAGCUGUGCUUAAUGUCGUAGCUUUCGAGGCUGCUAAUGAAAUGGCACCAGAGUGAAUGUCGAAAAUUGGCUACUAAAUGUAGUUAAUUGUGCGAGUAGACUCUAAUGUAUCACUUAGAUGCCAUUUUGUAAACAGAAUUUCUUGUUGAUCUUGUUCAUACUGAUUACUGUUAAACGUUACGAAAAGUUUUCUCACAGAGAAAUUAAACUAUUGUAUUACCAUUUAUAUAUUCGGAAACGAGAUUUCAUAAAAAUUUAUAAAACUUAACACGUUUUAUAUUAUCGAAAUAUACUUGAUAGCGAUGUAAUUAUAUGGUAUUUAAUAUUAGGUGUUUGUACCUAAACUACAUAAAAAGCACUUAUUUUAUUUAGUAGUUACUGAUAAGAUGUUUCACUCUAUAAUUCAUGUAAGGGCCUAACAUCGAUGUCUUGUAUAGUUAAGGCACUUACUGAAACUACUACUUAUUGCCAUCCAUGAACUAUUUUGGUCGUGAUUGUAAGAAACUAUGAAACGAUGUUUAUUGGAAUAUUGCGUAUGAAAUACCAUAAUAUUAUUAUGUGAAUUGACAAAAAUCUAUGAAAAUUCACGACCUUAAUAAUAAGUGGAAUUCAUAUUUACAAUAUUGAUAUAAACUCACUUUCUAAUUUUCCGUCUCAAAUCGCAAGUUGACUUUUCUACGUAAAUAUUUACUAGAAUCAUAAAGUUAUAAUUUCCGUAUAGAGUGUUAAUAUUCUAUGCUUUCAGCAAUAUUAGGAUAAGGUUUAAUAUCAAUUCGUAACUGUAUAUCAAUUAUUAUCAAUUAGAUUAGUCCUCAACUUGUGAUAGAAGUUGCAACCAAGGUAACAAAACAUAUCAGAAUCUUUUGAUUCACCCUAGAGUAAAGUAAUGUUAGUGAUAUUUUUGUGUGUGUACAGUAGUGUAGAUUUAAUUGGGAUAAAAUUUAAUAUAUUUUAAAUCAUUCGUAACAUUGUAACGGCGUUUUGAGCGCUCUAUAAUAAAUUGUGUUCUAAAACAGAUCAUUUACUUAACUUUUGUUACAAUCGAUUACAUUUAACGAAUUGAUUUUUACGAUUGUCUGCCGCGAUGACUGGGAUUUUAAACUACUAAUUUUAACGAAAUUAUAAUAAUGGUAAUGACUUGUACAAGAUAUGACGUGCCCAAGUGUCAAUUGAUUGAUUGUAUAGAGAGUAUCGUUUAAUAUAAUAUUAUAUUUAUUAAAUGUAACUAUUAAAGUUAAACUUAUUUGCGAAAUCUCACAAAUAUUUCAAAAUAGCAGCAUUUUAAAUUCAAUUGAAGUUACUGAUUAUUUUGGCAUUUGUAAUAAGUAAUUUUUGAACUGAUGAUAUGUUUUGAAAGUGUUAAUAAAACUUAGCCUGCAAAGUACAAUAGGAUUGGUAGAGAUGAGUGCACAAAUGUUGUGAUGCGCACAACUUUCUAUUAUUAUCGAGUGCACAAAAAUUAAUGCAUACUGAAAACUAUAGGCGUUGGCUGUUCGCUACCGUACUCGGAUUGGUAUGCGAUUAGAGUCUCUAUAAUGUACAAAGUAAGGGAUUUAAUCGCGUGUCUAUCGGACAGAGACGCCGCCAGAGACGGACGCAGCCGCGGCGGUAGCGGAUACCCCGCUGUAGUUCGAGCUCAAACAUUUUUUCAAGGGCUGAAUCGUCAUAAGAUUUAUGUAUCACAUCGGAGUGUUUUGUAGUAACAAAGAAUGUUAAAAAAAAUAUAGGUAAAAAAAUAUCGCAUUAAUUCUUGUGUGCAUCUGUAAUUAAUGUAAACUAGGUUAAGGUUGGUGAUCUGUUGAUGUAAGUUAAGGUCAAUUUUCGUGUCAAAUUCUCCCGAAAUUCAAUUAAUAAGUAGUUAUUGUCAGCGCUGAUAUUAUGCUUAUUGUUAAAUGUGAGUGAAUUUUUGUUAUAUUUUUGUUUAAAAAGGUUAAAUUGAAAGAAACAGUAAAUAAAUGGAGUAUGUUCGCGACCCGUGUGCGCCCAAAGCGAGUAUAUCUUCUGGCGCGCUUUUGAUGAGAUAUUUCAAUUAUUUUAUGAAAGCAGUUCCCUACUUUAAAAAAAAAAUGUUAGUUUCAUUGAUGUUAAAGUUUGUAAUUUUAAUUCAUGUUUUUCUUAAACCUUUUUUUUUUCUCUUUAAGUUUGAAAUCUGGCGCCUUUGUUUUUUGGCGCCCAGAGCUAUUCUGUCGCUCUAUUCAUAAGCCGGUACUGUUUGAACGAAUCAAAGCACAUUAAAACUUGAAUAAAAGUAUCAAAGUACGUUUUUAAAUGAAAAUAUGACUAAAAUUCACGAUUCAUUUGAAAUAUAACGCUGAAUAUAUCACUAAGUGUUAGUGGUUUUGUCUAUUUUAUAUUAGCAAUAAUGUAACCAGCUAUAUCACAUACAUAUCACUAGAGUAAGGUUAUACAAUUUAUUAUUAAAUUAUAUACAGUAGUUAUAUUCAUAUCUAUAAGAUUACACACAUGGUGUUUAGAUUAAGAGAUUCACGAUGAGCUAAUAAUAUUUAUUUUGAUUUAAAAUUAUAAGUAUUAUAUAAAGUAUUUUUGCCAUUAAUUAGCAGGAACAUUUACAAUUGCAAUGUAAACAUAUCAAAUAUACACCUUUAUCCAGAUUUACUAUUGUCUUAAGCUCCUUUAAUACAAAUAAAUAUUAUCAGCUCAUUGUACUUUAAUAUUUUAUUGUAUUUUUUACAAAAGCUUCAUAUUUUUUCAUAUAUAUUUCGAACACGCACAUUAUAGCCAUUUUAUUAUCGUUUUUAUGACUUAGGUUACUUUGAGUCUAGUAACUACUUUCUAAUCGAAAACUGGCUGCAAACUAAUUAACUUUUAUAUAAUGUUUAAAUUCGUAAAACGUUUUCUU